AUGACAUCCAAUUCAGGAAGACCCUUGAGCAUCGAUUUCUUCAUCAUCACUUUUAGCUUGCCGUCCCCUCCUUCUCAAACUCCAUCCUAUCUCCCUCCCACUCGCAUUCUCCUCCCAUCUCCAGGCUCCCAGUCUCCUCCCAUCGCCCUCGACUCCUCCCAGGCUCCCACUCUCCCAGUCUCGCUCUCGCACCAUCACAGGAGGAACAACCAAAUUUCAGGAAGGUUUUGGGAACAAUAUGCAGAGGAAAUUUAUAGUUACGUAUCCAAACCAGAGAAUAAUAAAUCUUUUGUGAUUAUUAUUCAAUAUGCAAAAGUCAAAUUAUGGAGAGGUACGACAUCAUUGACCAAUUCAAUGUUCAUAACGCGACUCACCAUUGAACCUGAUAUUCAUGAAGUGCAUGAAUUUAAAAACAGAAGGAAACUCAACGACGGUUCAAUAAUUCAACGGUCAUUGCUUGAUGAGUCUAAUCACAAUUUAAAAUCAUCAGAAUUAAUAUUUCUUCAUAAUCAUGAGGCUGUGCAAUUGAAGGAUAUAGUGCUGCUGCAAAAGGAAGGUUACUAUGUCACAUAUGGCACAAUCACGUCUAUUAAUUGUGAGCACGAAUGGUCUUAUUCAUCAUGUUACAAAUGCUAUGAUGCUGUUCAAAAAGAGUCAGAUGGUUCCAUGAGUUGUCUUACAUGCAAAGUACCUAUUCUAAUUGUUUGGCCAAGGUACAAGAUUUUUGUGCGUGUUUCGGAUGGUGUUGGGCAAUCCACUUUUGUUCUUUUUGAUUCACAAGUGAAGAAAGAAUUACAAGUUACUGCUAAAGAGUUAAUUGAUAAGCAGGUUAAGAAUGGAGAUAUUGAGACGUUUCCAGAGGAGUUGGAAAAACUCAUCAAUAAAAAGUAUUUGUUUGUGUUUAAAGUUAACAAAUACUUUAACAUAGAAAAGAAAAGCAAGUCAUAUUCAGUACGUAAGCUCACUGAUGAUGAAGAGCUAAUUUUAAAAUUCUGCCAGUGUUUGUACUCCAAAAAGGAAAAUGAUAAUACUGUUGAAUCAAAAGAACAUUCCACUUCUAUGAAUCAAGAUAUUAUGCAGAAUUGUGACUCAACAACAGAAAAUAGCAACUUUCAAACACCAAUUAAAGGAGGAUUGGAGAAGGUCAUUGACAUUAGUGACUGUGAAUAUUCCACAAAUAAGAAGACAGUUGAGGAUCAAAUCAAUACUAAAAGAGUUUUGGACAACAUAUAUGACAUAAGUGAUCUUGAGUGUUCUACCAGCAAAAAACAUAUUGUUGUGAAGGAGAAGGACCCUAUAAUAAAUUAGAUCUAUUACUUCUAAUAUACAAUGUUUUUUAGUUUAUUUUUAUUAGUUGAUGCAUUAGGUGGACUGUGUUUUUAGAAUAAUUGAUUCAUGUUGAGUCAUUGUUAUUGUUUUUGGAAUCAUUUAUGUUCAAAACUAUAAUCUGUUUACUUAUCUAUUGACUUUUCAAUGAUUUAUAGCAAUUAAUUUCUAUUUAUUUACUAAUCCUUGACAAAUCAAACAUUUUCAAAUGUUCAUAUGAGAAUGUUUACAAUAUAUA